CCGGUCAGGACUCGAACCCGCAGCCGCGGAUACGUGAGACAGAUGCUGGAACUGCAAGGUCGUAGCGUCUGUCACUAGUCUCAGAACAUGUCGGAGUGAUGUUUACAACCUGCACGGUGCAGGUGCGGCGCGAGGAAAUGUUCACUGAUCUUUACAAGAAGUGUAUUAAAGUUUGUAAAGUCGCUGACUGCCCCUUUAACAAAGAGGGAGGAGUCAGAAUGAACGUGAAUGUGCUUUUAUUCUGGAGGAAGGGUCUCGUGUUUGAACCUGUUUCCUGUGUGGCUACAGGUGGUGGAGGGGGACGCUGCUCUUCCUCUGGACUCCACCUGUCGCAGGAAGCGACUUCGUUCUGUGGGAGAGGAUGAGGACGUGGUGGCGGCAGCGAGGAGGAGCUGCGCGUCGCGGCCCAACCCUGAGGGGUCGCUGUCAGCCGGCGAAAUCAGCCGCUACGGCAAGGAGGAGGAGGGGGAGGGGCCGGAGGAGGAGCCGGGGGAGGAGCUGCAGAGGCUGUGUCAGCGCUGCCACAUCAUGACGUCACAGCUGAACAGACAAGCUGCUGCUCUCGCUGACGCCUCGGCUCUGAAGGACCCCGCCUAUGCCUCCUUCCUCUUCGAUAAGCUCCAGCGCCUCCAGUGGCCUCGUCGCGGCCGCCAUGCUCCUGCCGACGCCCGCUGCCACGUGUGCGACGCCUCCUUCCAGCAGCUGAGGCGCUGCGCUCUGCGUCGCGCUCUGGGCGUCAGCAGGGAGAUGGUGCCUCGCCCCGUAGCCCCGCCCGCCGCCUCGUCCUGCCAGGAGGGCGACGAGCUACCGGCGAAGCAGCAGAGGUGGUCGAGCGAGGAUCAGCGCCUGGGGGGUGGGGCUCUGUGGGGAUGGGGCGGAGUUCACAGCACCUACCUGGGCGGGGGUGGAGCCAAAGGGCUGGCCACAGUUACACCCCUCCCCCUGAAUGCACACCACUACCUGGAGGGAGUGUGGAGGGUCUCCUGCUGCGGACCUGAGAACCGACACACUACGACCCAUUUGUGUCGUCAGAGAGAUUGUGGAGAUCAUGUGACCACGAAGAGUUCCACUCACAGCAUCGCCAUCCAGACCAGCCCACCUCCGUCUGCCGCCGCCGCCUUCUUCAUCAGGGCGGCUCAGAGGCUCAGUCUGUCCCGCAGGAGGAGGUCCCAUCCUGGCCCCGCCUCCUCCUCCUCCUCGCCCCCCCAGGCCCCGGGGCCCCUGCUGUACACCGGGGGCUUCAGUGGGGCCCUGCGGCUCCUCCCACCCGCCAUCCCACCAUGUCUCCUCCGGGCCGGGUCAAAGAUCAAGGACACGCCAGGGAUGGGGAAGGUGCGGGUCAUGGUCCGUAUCUGUCCGGUCGACAGUGGCGAGUCCGCGUCCUUCCUCAAGGUCGACAGCAGAAAGAAGCAGCUCAGCGUCAUGGAGACGUCGUCCGGCGGCCGGAGACACUCCUCGGCCAAAACCUUCAGCUUCGACGCUGUCUUCCCCCGGGACUCGUCCCAGGCCGAGGUGUGUGCGUGCUCGGUGGCGGAGGUCGUCCAGUCGGUGGUGAACGGAGCAGACGGCUGCAUCUUCUGCUUCGGACACACUAACCUGGGUAAGACCUACACCAUGAUUGGUCGGGACUGCUCCACCCAGACUCUAGGUGUAGCUCCCAGCGCCAUCUCCUGGCUCUUCAGGGUGAUGGAGCAGCGGAAGGAAAAGACCGGAGCGUGUUUCUGUGUUAGCGUGUCAGCGGUGGAGAUCUCCGGUCGCGAGGAGACGCUGUCCGACCUCCUCGCCGGAGUCUCCUCCCCCUCGGGGGGCCACCAGGGGGUCCCGGGCCCUGCAGUGUCUCUGAGAGAGGACCCCGUCUGUGGAUCCCAGCUGCAGAACCAGACGGAGCUCCGGGUGAGCAGCGCCGAGCAAGCGGCGUUUUACCUGGACGCCGCCCUGGCAGCGAGGAGGACCAGUCGGGCACCGAGCGACCUGGAGGCGCGGAGGAACUCGCACUUCCUGUUCACCCUGCACCUCUACCGGGAGAGGCCGGACCCGAGCAACAAGGCAGCAGGUUGUGUCUCAGUGUCUGGACGCAGUCGUCUCCACCUGCUGGACCUCGGCAGCUGUGAGACGGACAUCAGCAGGACGAGGGAGGGGGGCGGAGCUCAGUGUCUGUCUCGGUCUGCGCUGGGACACGUUGUCCUCGCCCUCGCCAACGGGGCCAAGCACAUCCCCUACAGGGACAGGAAGCUCACCAUGCUGCUCAGUGAGUCUCUGGGCAACAUCAACUGUUGGACCACCAUGAUCGCCCAUGUCUCAGACUCCCCGGUGAACUACAUGGAGACGCUGACCACGGUGCAGCUCGCCGCCCGCAUCCACCGCACGAGGAAGAAGUCGUCCAAGUACACCUCCAGCUCAGGGGAGAGUUCCUGCGAGGAAGGACCAUCCCGCCGACCACCGAAACUUCGACCCUUCCACACUCGGACUCUGGCCGUUGACCCCGACACGCCCCUGCUGCUCUCCAGUGAACCUGACUACUCCUCCAACAGCUUCUUUGUUCCCAUUAUCCCCUCCCUGAACAAAAAGCAAAUCAAAGGUGCACCGAGGUCUGAUGGCGACCACUUAAAGUGUAACACAUUUGCAGAGUUACAGGAGAGGCUUGACUGCAUCGACGGCAGCGAGGGCCCGGUCACAUGCAGCACAGAUGGGAAAGCAGCACAUGCAGCAGCAUUUAGGACUCAGACCGUAGCCUCUAAAACCCCAGAGGUUACAUCUCCACCCAAAUCUGAGAAGAACUCCUUAGGAAGCAUAACAGCCACAUGCACAAGUAAACCUGAUCAGGAAGAGUCCAAGCUCUCUUCAGUCGGCGGCCCCUUGGACACUUCCAAACAGACAAGUGCCGACAGGGAGAAAUUUUGCGUCACCCCCUUUCAGCCAUGUGUGGUACAGCCCGGUGUCACGGAGCCUGUGGUGCAAGAGAGGAUCUACCUCAAAGGAGGCGUGCCCAAGCCGUAUGCCUCACCAUCUUUACCAAGGACAUCUAGGGAGGUAUAUCAGCCUGGGGAGGUUGUUGGUAAGACUCCCCCAGUUGGUAUGAGUCAACAAGCACCGAGCAUGGAAAUGGCCCCUCAUACAAGCAGAUGCCCCAUGGAGGCGAAGAACCUCUGGGCAGUUCUGUCAGGAAGAUUCCUCGACAGUGAAUUUCUGAGGACCACAGUUACACUGCAGCAGCUGGUGGAGCUGAACGGGGCGGACGAGCUUGUGUUUACAGUUGUAGAAGAGCCUCCUUACGGUCUUGUUCCAGACAACGGUCGCCCCUCCAACCUCCUCAGCUUCAACAGUGACGGCUCCCUGCAGGCCUCAGUCUCGGGUUCUCGCCCUGUCAGCAUCAUCAGCAGUAUUAAUGAUGAGUAUGAUUCUUACACAUCUCAUCAAGGCGCUGAGGGAACUGCGGCAGAUUUUGACAAAAGCUGCCAGAAUAUGUCGGUUUCUAAACGUGGCAACAAGCCUUCACCUGUUGGCUCCUGGCCAAGUGAAGUGAGUUCUGAUUCAGCUGAAAGUGAAUCCACUCAUUCAUCAUGCACACUUCACUUGAGGGACAAAAAAAUGGCCACAGGGAAUGCAUCCACACUGACCUCACCAAGUACAUUUCAUAGACAGCAGUUUUUGCAGCACGGUGUCGAGAGCUCUCUGAAUGACAGUGGAGUGUGUUUCUCAGAGCUGGACAGUGACCCUGCUACUCCAAACAAACACUCUUUGACCAGGAGCCCACGUUCCCCUGACACAACCAAAGUAUCUCUCAAAGGUUUUCUGAAGGUGCAAACUGAUUCUGUGAACAGGUCACUGUCCGGCCAGAUUCCACUCCAGACCUCCCAUGCCAGUCUUCCUAGGAAAACAAAGCCUACCUCGUCUGCAGGUGUGGGCUGCAGCAGACAUGAGGACUUUUUGCUUCAGGGAAGCAGUCACUUUGAUCCCAGAGAGGUUGAGUUUCUCACUGCCGGUGAGCCAUCAAGAAGUGUCAUGAGCGGUGGUACCUCUAAGAGGCUUGGAGGGAACAGUAACACUUCUUCUCGGCCACCAAAGGCACAAGGGUUGUCUUCAGCUCAGAGGGUUGUGGAUGGUUGUGAGGAGUCCAGCAGCAGAAGAGGAGAUACUCUCAUCAAGCUGCCACGACUCAACCGAGGUUCAACAACUCUAGGAACAGUUUCUAUCCGCCAGAGUUCUGAAUCCAAAUGGGGUCGCGAGACCACUUCAGUGACAGGUACCCUGAGGUUUGCUUCCUUGGGAAAAAAGUCAAAUGGACAGAAAAGCAGCACGAUCCCCAAGUGUGGAUCUGAAAACAUUUCUCCUCCUACUCAACUAGUCAGGCAGUCAAGCCAAGAACAAAAGACAAGGACUGCUCCAUCUCCAGGUACCUUGAAAACAAGCAGUGACAUUGAAAAGUCCUCAUUCCCUAAAACAUCAACAUCUGUGGAAGAGUUCAACGUCAGGCUCCGGGUAGAGUCCUUCAGUCACAGGACAUUGACUUUACAAACCGACCACAGCGGUGCCAGGACGUUUUCAAGCCUGAAAACACGGGGGGCCAAAGCAGAUUCUUCAAGGUUUUACGGGAGUGUGAUGUCUCUGGAGAGAUGUGACAGUCAAGCCUUUGUAGGGUCCAAGUCUGAUCUGUUCAGAGAGAGCAGUGGUGCUGCUGCAGGAGGUAAUAGAUCCAACAGAUCAGUGCCCAGCCUUGGGGUUCCCACUUCUACCUCCACAUCUGCUUCUUCCCAAGUUUCUCCUGGUGUCCUUGGAACUACAAGCAAACUGGGGCAGGUCCAAAGCAGCAGCAGCAGCAGCUCGCGAGCAGCGGUUUCUGGUGGAUCAAAGGUUGGAACGUUGUCUGCUGCCAGUUCCAAGAGCUUGAGCUCCUCCCCAAAACCUCCUGAUAAUGCAGCUGGACGUAAGAUCAGCCUGCAUCCAACUGGUAAGUCCCCUGCUCGCUCUGGGACGGGAGCCAAACUAGGAAGAGGCACCGUCAUGGGCACAAAGCAGGCCAUCAGCAGGGCGGCUAACAGCAGGGUUAAGGAGUUAGCUGCUGGAGGCCCAAGGAAACAGCUCAGCAGGGGACCUGGACUGACAGGAAGUGAAGGAAUUGACACCGGAACUAGUAGUGUCAGCGGUUCACCAGUCAACACGCCGAUACCAUCACCUUACAGCAAGAUCACCGCACCUCGGAGGCCGCAGCGCUACAGCAGCGGGCACGGCAGUGACAACAGCAGCGUCCUCAGUGGGGAACUGCCCCCCGCCAUGGGACGCACCGCCCUGUUCUACCACAGCGGGGGCAGCAGUGGCUAUGAGAGCAUGAUGCGAGACAGCGAGACCACCGGCAGCACUUCAUCAGCACACGACUCCAUGAGCGAGAGCGGAGGGUCCUCGUCCACCAUGAGCAGAGUUUCCAAAUCACCCAAGAAAAGGGGCAAUGGUUUCCUGCGCAGGCGUCUGAUCCCGGCUCCUCUGCCUGACUCCUCCCCUCUGGGUCAGUGGGCGGAGCUGGCCCCGCUGGGCGGCCUGAAGGAGACCUUUGAGAUAAAAGUUUACGAGAUCGACGUCAUGGAGCUUAUGCAGAGGAGGAGGUCAGAGGGUUUGAUCCACUUCAACACUCGACUGAAGACGUCUGAGAGACGACAACAGCUGAUCAGAGACCUGAGGAGCAAACACGACGCACUGAAGGUGGAGCUGGACGAGGCCAAGAGCCGACUGAUGCUCCGCCCCCACAGGUGGAGCGGAGAGUUCGACGUGGACCAGAACCGGGACCAUGAGUCCCAGGACUACCUGGAGGCUCUGGUUCAGGCCACGGCGGAGCUGGAGAACCGCGUGGACCUCUGUAAGUCCCGCGUCAUGAUGGAGACCUGCUUCGACAUCGCUGUGACGACAGCGGCCGCCUCGCACGGAGGUCAGCGGGAGGCGUGAGAGGACAGACUGAGCCCGACACAACCCUCCACAGGGGGCGACGGAGAGCUGCAGAGGAAGUUGUCUGACGUCUGAGACUAGUGAAGAAGAACAGAUCAACAUGGAUGAAAGCUCUGGAAGUGCCUUCAAUUCUUAUUGAUAAAGAAAAGAUAAAUGAAGAUAAAGACGAACGUCACAGUGAAUCUUUCAUUGUGACAGUUCAGUUUUGUAGUCGCUGCAUGAAAUGUUUCUUCUCCUCCGUUUUUAAAUGUUUCUGAGGAGUUUUGUUUUGUUACUAUACCGUUUUCAUACGGUUUGUAAAGACGAACAGAAUCAAUCAGCUCAAUAAAGUGAGGGGUAUAUAUAUACACAUUCACGUGUAUAUAUAUUGUUACAAAUGCCCGCGCGGCCAUGGAAGCAAACGAGGAGAAUCACAAGGUCCAGGUGACAUUUCAACAACAUUUGUCCACAUCACCUUCACGCAACAUUCAGCAACAUCUCCACCUUCUUCUUCUUCUUCUUCUUCUUCUUCUUCUUCUUCUUCUUCUGGGUUCUUUUGGCGGUUGGCAAACAACAAUUUGGUGCAUUACCGCCCCCAGCUGGUGAGGAGUUUGGCUCAGCAUCGGUAUUAUUUUCUCAAUGACAUUUGUUUGUCUGAGAUACUGAAAUAUGAUCCGUGUUCUUCUGUAGAAUAUCAACUAGAUUAAACUUUCUUCUCUCCGAGGUUUUGAAUCAGAAAACUCCUCCACGUAUAAACACUGAUCGAUUUAUUUAUUAUUUUAUUAUUAUUAUUUAUUUAAGGCGAGCCUGUAUUCUGAUUGGCUGGCACAUACUAUUUCCACAGCGGCCAUAAUAUACAACGAAUAUAAAUAAAUUGAGAUAUUUCCAUAAACCAUUAACCCAAAAUAUACAUUCUUAAUAAAUGUACACACACCACAAUAAUAGAUCUAAUAAUUACUGUGUGUGUGAUGUGGUCACCCACCCGGAACUAUAAGUGCCCCCGGGGAACUCUUUUGUCCGAACACCCUGGAGACACGACGACAGGUGAGUUUGAAUCAUUUCACUUCCGUGUUCCUGUCACGUUGUUCUUCAGUUGAUCCUCAACUCACCGAGUCACAAACAAAUACAACUUCAUGUUUGUUCACAGGAGAACAACGAACGAAUAACUCACCCAUCAAUAAAUACCAUGAAAAGAUAAGAUGAGAUGAGAUAAACCUUCAUUGUCCCACAAUGGGGAAAUUCGGGCAUAACAGCAGCAAAGUGGACAGAAGAAUAUAUAAGAAAUUUACAAAAAAGGGUUAGUAUGUAC